AUGAUCGCGGAAGUGAUCGGAGGCCUAUUUUCGGGCAGCCUCGCGCUUCUGGCAGACGCCGGGCACAUGCUUACCGACGCGGCAGCUAUCGCCAUGGCACUGAUUGCCAUGUGGAUUGCCCAAAGGCCCGCCUCUAUUGAGCGCACAUUCGGCUAUCACCGAGCCGAGAUUCUCGCUGCCCUUGCCAACACCUUUGCCCUAUGGCUCAUCGCAGGCUGGAUACUCUAUGAGGCGUUCCAACGGGCAUUUGGCAGGGAAGAGGUUGGUGACAUACAUGGAAUGACGGUGCUUUUGGUGGGCAUCGGAGGCCUAUUGGUAAGCCUUGCCGCAGCAUGGAUACUUCAUCGCUCCUCGGAGCACAGCCUUAACGUCGAAGGCGCUAUGCAGCAUGUGAUAGCCGACCUUCUGGGUUCGGUAGCAGUCGUAAUUUCUGCGGUUCUCAUCCUGACGCUUGGAGGAACCGUUGAAAAUAUAUGGUUAGUCGAUCCGAUUCUCAGUGUCAUCAUAGCUCUGCUCAUCGUGUGGAACACCCGCCAUCUGAUUGUCAGGAUAACCAAUGUGCUGCUUGAGGGAGCGCCGGAGCAUAUAGACCUAUACGAACUUUGCUAUGAGAUAGAGGAAGUAGAGGGCGUAACUCUCAUCCACGACGUCCACGUCUGGACUAUAUACAAGGGCAACGAGGCGUUCGCCACCCAUGUCCUUAUGGACCCCUCAUACCAUGAGGACGCGCAGAGUUCGCUUGAGGAAAUUAAGCGAAUCGUGCAUCGCCACGGCAUCGGUCAUGUGACGAUCCAACUCGAACGGUCGGUCGCAGAGUGUAUCGAGUUCCACCACGUCGGUCAUCUGGAGUUCAAAAGCCGCGCCGCUAGAAGACUUGGAUGA